UUUCAUUAAAAGUUGGGUUAUGUGCUGCUCUUUAAAAAAUUUCAAAAUAAUAUAAAAUACAAUGAAUUUCCUCAGUAAAAAAGCACCAAACUUUAUCCACAACACUUUAUUUAGUGCCCCACAUUCAUUAAAAAUCUUGUGCCCCCCGCAAAAAGUAGUGUCAUUGCGUCUCAAGAGCACCAGGGUCUCUUCAGCUUCCAGUAUAAUGAAGGGGGUCUUUAAAAUGGGGCUUGCCGGGAUCACAAUGGGAGCUAUCGUCGGCACCGGCUACUCGAUUCAUCAAAGGAACAAUCCCAAAGAUCAUAUGAUCCACGAGCAAUCGUUUAUUGAGCCGGUUGAUGAGAUACCGGACAUCAAACCAAGUCGACAGAUGAAAUACCCUGAAGACAGAAGUAAUCUAAAACUAGUUUUAUUUCAAUACCAAACAUGUCCUUUUUGCUGUAAAGUUAGGGCCUUUCUAGACUAUUACGGUAUUUCUUAUGAUGUUGUUGAGGUUGAUCCAGUGCUAAGACAAUCAAUCAAAUGGUCAGAGUAUAGAAAAGUGCCCAUUUUAGUUGUAAAAACUGAUGAUGGUUAUCAGCCUCUCAAUGAUAGUACCAUGAUAAUAUCAGCUCUAGCAACUUAUUUAAAGGACUCAGAUAAGUCCUUACCUGAUAUUGUAAAAUGUUUUCCUUUUAUAACCUUUUAUGAUGACGACGGCUCAAAGAAAAAUGAAAUAAUGAAUAAGUAUUUCCUAAUGUUCAGUAAUAGGCAAUACAAUGAACAAGAUGACAAAAUUUUAAAUGAAGAAAGAAAAUGGAGACAAUGGGCAGACAGUGUCCUGGUCCACACCCUUUCUCCAAACGUUUAUAGGACCAGAGAAGAGGCACUGCAAGCUUUCAAUUGGUUUUCUGAAGUUGGUGAAUGGGAAGCUAAUUUUCCCACCUGGGAAAGAAAUCUUAUAAUAUACGUAGGAGCCUCAGCCAUGUACCUUAUAGGCAAAAGACUUAAAAAACGCCACAAUUUAAAAGAGGACGUCAGACAAAGUCUUUAUGAUGAAUGUACAAGUUGGGUAAGAGAAGUCAACAAAAAAGGCACCCCAUUCCUAGGAGGAAAAGAUCCGAAUUUGGCAGAUUUGGCUGUGUAUGGAAUACUGAACAGCAUAGAAGGAUGUACAACUUUCAAAGACUUAUUGGAAAGAACUAAAAUCGGUAGAUGGUAUUUUGGCAUGAAAGAAGUUGUGUCACAACAUCAUGGAGCAAAGUUUGUCUAAACUUGUAAGUAUUUUUUUUGGUAUUUGAGUAUUGAAAGCCUUUAGGGCUGUGGACAGUUAUUAUCGUUUCCCUAAAGUUACUUAUUUAUUGUUUGUGAUGAAAUAAAAUUAUACAUACAAUUUUUAAUGAGGAUUUUAUUUUUUUGAUUGAAAAUACAAAAAACAAUAACUUAAACAAAAAGCUUAUAUAAAUAUUUACAGCGUAUUAUUAGCAAAUAAAUUAAUAACUAACAAAAUAAAUAACUAUAUUAUCACAUUAAUUCAAUAUCUUUGUGUGAUUUGCCUUAUCCAAUCCAAAUAAUGAGCGACUUUGACGUAUACUCCGGGCACACCCACUUGACCGCACCCUAUUCCCCAGCUCACCACUCCCACUAAUUGCCAGGUACCGCCUCUUUCGCACACCAUAGGGCCACCGCCGUCACCUUUGCAAGCGUCUUUGCCCUCCUCACCUCCGGCACACACCAUUCCUGGAUGAAGUUUAAAUUCGUAUCCUAAUCGGGUGUUUUGCAAUUGCCUCUGGCAUUGUCCGUAAUUGAUAACCGGCACGUCGACUUCCUUGAGGAUAUUUUGGUACUUUCCAAAAUCUCCGAAAGCGUCUUUGCCCCAUCCUGUAGUCCAACAUCUGGAACCACUGUAGUCGUCUUGCGGAUGGGGUAGGCAUGCUGGUGAAAUGUGAGGAUAUUUCGCAAAUUCAACGGGAGUGUUUAUUCUUAGGAUGGCAAUGUCGUUUGCCAAUGUUCCAGCGUAGAAUUCCGGAUGGACUGUAACAGCGGAAACGUCGCGUUCGAUGUAUGGAUAGAAUUCUACGUCAUGAUUAACAUCCCAUUCGCCUAAACGUACUCUGAGAUCAUAAUUUGUAUACCUAUUAUUAAGAGAAAAACAAAUAAUUAGAUUUAGGAGAAAAUAUCUAACAGUUAUUAUUACUUACUGUUUGACACAAUGAGCAGCAGUAAUUAUAUGUAAAGGAUCAAUCAAGGUACCACCGCAAACAUAAACGCUUUCCUUAGGGUCUUUCUUCAA